AUGGCAUCAUUCGUUAUUCUCUGGGCCGUUGCCAUUUUUGUGACCGGCACUCUGAACUGCAUCCCAGUCAACAAAUUCUGGGAUCCCUCGAUCCAGGGUUACUGCAUUGACUCAGCAACAUUUUACUAUGGGAUGCAAAUCCCCAAUAUCUUGUCCGAUCUGAUCAUCCUUCUCAUGCCAGUUAAGGUGGUCAUACAGCUUCCCGUGGCUAGGUCUCAGAAAUUUCUUCUCUCGGCAGUGUUCUUGGUCGGGGGCUUAACGUUGGUCUUCGAUAUCGUGAGACUCUGGGUUAUGAUUGGACUCACGCAUUCCGGGCCCGACAUCACUUACCAGCAAGCCCCUGUUGCCAUGUGGACUUGCCUUGAAGGUGCCGUGGCUAUUGUUGGUGCCUGUCUUCCGAACUUCAGACCUUUGUUCCGUUUCAGCCAAAGGGGAUUCUGGUCUCAGCUCCGGUCGUCCGGUCAACAAUCUGGAAAGACUCUUCUGAACUCCAACACUACGAAUACCACCAGCACGACCGUCACGUCUCCCACGAGCGGGUCACAGUGGAGCGCCAACUUGAAGAAGCCGAGCUUAAUGUCUCAUGUUACCGAGGACGGAACACAAGGUAUCGAGAUUCAUCGAUACAGCAAAUAUACUGAGGGCGAAUCGAAGUAA